AUGAGCCCCAAGGGGUAUUUUUGUGAUAUUUGCGGUUCAAAAAAGAAGAAAAAAGAAUUAAGACCUUCUUCAGUGGACUUGAAUCAAAGACUAUGCUUCAGCUGUGAAUAUGAAGAAAAAAAAGGUGUCGAUAAAGAAAACAUUCAUCAGCAAUUAUCUCAAGGUAACUCAACAUUUACUUCGACUUUUCAACCUUUGGACAUGAUUACAUCACCUACAAAUUCACAAGGUAGUGAAACACAGGAGUGUACAUCUUCCAAUUUGCAAGUUCCUUUUCCUCGGCCAAUAUUCAGCCAUAAAAAGUGCAUGGUGUGUGGCAGGUUUGAUACUCGUCAUAGAUUAUGUUCUGAAACACGCCUGAGAAUUUUUCUUCAAACUGGAAUUAUGGUUCCAGAAGGUUCACGAUGUUGCAGUAAACAUUUGAGCGGUGGGGUUUUGAUCAACGAUGAGGCGAAUAAAAUCAGUAUAAUAGAAAACUCUACAGUUUCAUUUAAAGAAAUGAAAACCCUUCUCUUCCAACUCCGUGAUAUGCAUAACACAAAUAUCCAAAUGGGUUUAAACUUUGAUAAUCCUAAUACAAUGACUGACAAAGAUUACAAACGAUUAACUGGUCUAAGUAAAGAACAGUUUAAUGAUCUCAUUGAACAUAUUCAAGAUGUUAGGAAUACUAAACAUCGCUCCAUAAACACAUGCGUUGGGUUAUUACUCACUAAGUUACGUACUGGCUUAUCUUUAUCUGUUUUAUCAACUCUAUUCUGCAUGGAGAAACAGUAUGUGUCAAAAGCUAUUGCAACUGCGCGAAAUUCUUUGAUGAGAAACUUUGUAGAUAAUAAUUUAGGAGUUGGUCAUAUCAAUCGUGAUGAAGUUAUUAAGAAGCACACUACAGAUCUAAGUAAACAACUUUGCAAUGCUGGUGAAAAUAGUUGCAUUCUUAUUGCUGAUGGAACUUAUAUGUAUAUUCAGAAAAGUUCAAAUUAUAAGUUUCAGCGUCGAUGUUAUUCUACUCAUAAAGGUCGCCCUCUGGUCAAACCUAUGAUGUUAGUUUCAAGUACAGGGUAUAUAAUUGAUGUUAUUGGCCCUUUUUAUGCGGAUGGUAAAAAUAAUGAUGCCAACAUUAUGGCUGCAAUUUUGAAGGCAAAUGCUAAUUGCUUAUUUAGUUGGUUAAAGCCUAAUGAUAUUUUUAUUGUAGAUAGAGGUUUUCGUGAUUGCCUAGGCUUGCUUGAAGAAUUAGGUUUCAUAUAUAAAAUGCCUCACUUUUUAAGCAAAGGGCAACAACAUAGUAUGGAGGAAGCUAACGAAUCGCGGUUGAUUACCAAAAUGAGAUGGGUAGUGGAGGCAGUCAAUGGAUUGAUAAAGACUUGGAGAGCAUUAGAUCAUGUGUUUCCAAACAGUCAGAUUCCUUUUAUUGGUGAUUAUGUGCGGAUUGUUUGUGCAUUAUGUAAUAGAUAUCGUCCUGCAAGAGUGAAAAGUCAUGAUGAUGACUUAUUGGUGGCAAAUCGAAUGCUGACUCUUGCGAAAAUGUCAAAUCCUUUACAAAAAAAAGCGAUUGAAAAUAAUUGGAGCCAGAAAACAGCAAACUGGGUUAACAUCAAUUCUGUUGAGAUAGAUUUUCCCCAGUUAACUGUUGACGAAUUACGAGGUAUAACCAUUGGUAUUUAUCAAUUGAAACAAGCAAAAAGUUAUACAGUGGAACACGUGGAUGGAGAUGGCAUGUACGAAUUAUUUUUUUUUUAA